GUUAAACCAAGUCAAUUGGUUAUUACAUUUCGUUCAUUAUCACAAUAUCGUCAUAAUCCUCAAAUUUAUAUUCAUGAAUUAAAUCCCAAUAUUUAUAAAUUUUCACUUUCAACAAAUCCAAAUUCUUUAGAUAUUGGAAUUUCCGAUUCAGUAUUACCAACACCAGAAAGUUUUAAAUCUAAUCCUAAAUUUCUUGAAUUAGUUCAUGAAACAAUUCGUGAUCAUAUUGAUCAAGAUUUUACAUAUAUAAUUGAAGGUGGUGUAAAUAAAGAUGGUUAUAUGCCAAUUUAUGAUUUAAGAGAAAUGCCUGAAAAUACAUAUGCUCGUGUUCCUCCGCCUGAAAAUGUAUUUGGUUAUGUACAAGUUGAUAAAGAUGGUAAGAUUAUUAAAGGUACUUAUCAACCUAAUAAGUUAUAUCGUUCAUGUACUAGUACCAGUGGGUUAAAUAAAUUUAGUGAUUAUAUAUUAGAUCAAUUGAAAGCACAAAUAAAUUGA